UCUAGUGGUGGUAAAGCUGAGAAUCUUAAUGGUGAAGCUCACAUGGUGGUCAGUGGGCGAGCGAGCAAGUCAGUCUGUGUCUUCGCUACCUAGUCAGCAAGUGUCCCUAUGCAGUGUGCUAGACGUUAGUGCUCAGUGAAAGCUGUGAACAGUGACAUUGGUCUCCCGAGGGUCGACCAGGCAAACAUGUACAAGGAUAUUGCACCACAAACCAAAGAUAUGGGGACGGAGGGAAUGGAUGACAGCCCAGUGUCCCCCACGCGCCCACCACCCUCGCCGCCCAUGUCCCCCCACAGCCUGCCCGCCCAUGCCCGCGUCUCGGCUUUCUCCGUGGUCACCCCCCAUGCCAAGUCCUCUCCGGGGAAAGAAUCCGAGAGCCCCGUAGCAGGAUCCGUCCCGUCAGGUGCCCUCGUACCCCCCAGCGGGUACCUGAGCAGCACCUGGCCCCUGACCCCCGGCCUCCUGUAUCCUUACUCCUCCUCGCUCAUGAGAUCUUACGCCUCCGCCGCCACGCUGGGAUCCCUGUGGAACUCGGCGUCGCUCAGCUCACACACCAAACACUACUCAGCCGGCCCGAUGCCCUUGUCGCCCGAGAAGCGCGAGGAGCCCCUGAACCUGUCCCUGAAGAGCUCGCGGCCCACCAAGGCGGCCAUCUGGUCCCCUGCGUCGGCGCUCGAGCAGGAGGAGAAGGAGGAGUCCUUGCCGUCACCCACAGGUCGCCUCAGCCCGAUGGAUUCCAGCGACUGCGAGGCGCCGCACGCCCUGCACGACGACGCCUGCAGGGACCCCCGCGCGCCCCCCCUCGACCCCCUCAGCCUCCGCCUGGGCCUCCGUCAGUACGCCGACUUUGUGGUCAACCUGCAGGGCCUGGCGACGCGCGACAAAGAGACAGAGGGCCCCGUGCCCCCGCGGGACGAGGGCAUCUCGCCGUCGUGGUGCCCCUCCGUGUGGCCGUGGGCGUCCGUGUACCGUGGCGCCGACGUCUACUCCUGCCGCCACUGCGCCAAGUCCUUCAACUCCCCGCUGAGUCUCGACGUCCACGUCAAGAGGGCCCACUCGGCCGCCGCGCACCACAAGGUCACCGGAGGAGAUUUGUCCGACAGCGAGAAAAUCCUGCCGCCGCCACCCAGCCUCAUCCCGAUCUCCAGCGCCAGGACCGAGAAGACCUUCCAGUGCAAGCAGUGCGGCAAGUGCUUCAAGAGAUCGUCCACGCUCUCCACCCACCUCCUCAUCCACUCUGACACCCGCCCAUACCCGUGCCAGUACUGUGGAAAGCGGUUCCACCAGAAGUCGGAUAUGAAGAAACAUACGUAUAUCCACACUGGCGAGAAGCCCCACAAGUGCGUGGUGUGCGGCAAGGCCUUCAGCCAGUCGUCCAACCUCAUUACGCACAUGAGGAAGCACACCGGCUACAAGCCCUUCGCCUGCGGACUCUGCGACAAGGCCUUCCAGCGCAAGGUGGACCUCCGGCGCCACCGCGAGUCCGUCCACCCGAACUGCGAGCACAUUCCGCCUCCGCCGCCGCAGCCCUUCCCCGCGCACAACAACCACGAGGCCAACAACAACAAUAACAACAACGACAACAGCAGCGACAACAACAACGACACGACGGCCACCAACAACAAUCCCUCGUCGGAGCUGGACGCCUCGGCGACCAGCGAAACGGUCCUGGGCACGCAGAUAUAGGCCUCGAGGGCGGGAGACGGGGUUGUGCGUCCCUCAAUGUCUGUCCAAGGAAGAACCUUCCCCCAACCCCACCAUCGCGAGCCGAGAGUGGAGUGGGAGGAAGUGUAUAUAGAGAUAUUUAUAUACAUGAAGAUGUCUAGUACUAUCACGCUAAUGUAUUCUGACAGUGUACUUCAGUGUUGACCCAGCAGUGCCCGGUGGUGGAGAUCGUAUCGCUGUACCACAGUAUUGCUCAAGGGCACAGUACACGGUUUUCGCACUCGGUGUGGGUGUUACACCUUUUAUACACAGUUGUGUGUAGUGUAUGUACAUUGGUGUGUACAGAGAUGGGGCCCCCGGCGUCGCUAGAGACAUGCCGAAGGAACUGGCAUUAGACGCGGGCGGGCACUGUAGCUAAAGAGGAAAAAAUGUGUAUUCAUUUCGUUUUUAAUUUCUUGUUGAGUUGGAUCCUUUCGAACCGUCUCGAAACUCUAGAAUCUCCGUCGGAGACUUGACAAGUUUCUUGCCUGAGUCGGGAUACGCGUUACACUUCAUCAUCCGCUAUCUGGUCCUGACUCGUCUCCAGAACAAGAAGAUGAGGCGCCGACCUGUCAUGCCGCCUCGGGCGACAGCCUGGGCACGGACCAGGGCAGUCUCGUAGUCAUUCGCGAGGUACAAACCCUUCAGUAUUAGAUAGAAGAAAGCGAGAGGACCGCACCCAAGUGUGAGCUCUUCCUCCUCGAACUGGGCGGCUUUGCGCUCACAUCCCGCGGUGGUCAUCCUUCGGGUCUGAGGGAGAGACGCAAGAAACACCACUGGACCCUCCUGACUUUGGAGCAGCGUUCAUUGGCCUCGAGGAGUUCCUUCCGGGCACACCGGCGCCCCUGUCUCCUGAGGCUGAAAGGACGAUCCUCAGCCAAUAGCCCCCCCCUACGAGACCUCCUUCACACUUGGCUGAUUCAACGCGCGUCUUCGCACGCAGUCGCUGGAGGCGGGAAGGCCCACCUCGCUGUCUUAACUUGUGGAAGAAGAACCAGAAGGAAGAAAGGGCACCGAAGGAACCCCUUCUGGAUCCCUAACCACCAGCGGCCCAGAAAGAAACUGCCGACCUCUGCCAGAAAGAGGCGGACAGCAGUCGGCGACACACA